AAGAUAAUGAGAGGAGUAAAGAGGAGGAAGAUCAUGUCAAAAUUGAGGAAAAAACUAAUUUACAGACUGAAAGUAUUUUGAAAAGGAGAGACAGGAAUCGUUUCACCUGCACGCAGUGUGGAAAGAGUUUUGGAAGAAAAGGCAAUCUUAAUAUUCACAUGAUGAUCCACACUGGAGAGAAACCAUUCACUUGCACUCAGUGUGGGAGGAGUUUCAGCCAAUCAUCAUCCCUUAAUCUACACAUGAAGGUCCACACUGGAGAGAAACCAUUCACAUGCACCCAGUGUGGGAAGAGUUUCAGCCAAUCAUCAAACUUAAAUCUACACAUGAGGAUCCACACUGGAGAGAAACCAUUCCCUUGCACUCAGUGUGGGAGGAGUUUCAGCCAAUCAUCAUCCCUUAAUCUACACAUGAUGAGCCACACUGGAGAGAAACAAUUCACUUGCACUCAGUGUGGGAAGAGUUUCAGCCAAUCAGUCAACUUUGAUAAACACAUGAGGAUCCACACUGGAGAGAAACCUUUCACAUGCACCCAGUGUGGGAAGAGUUUCAGCCAAUCAACAAACUUUAAUCUACACAUGACGAGCCACACUGGAGAGAGACCAUUCACAUGCACUCAGUGUGGGAAAAGUUUUAAAUGCUCAUCACACCUUAAUCAACACAUGAGGAUCCACACUGGAGAGAGACCAUUCACAUGUACUCAGUGUGGGAAGAGUUUCAGCCACUCAUCACACCUUAAUCAACACAUGAGAAUCCACACUGGAGAGAAACCAUUCACUUGCACUCAGUGUGGGAAGAGUUUUAGCCAAUCAGCCAACUUUAAUCAACACAUGAGAAUCCACACCGGAGAUAAACCAUUCACUUGCACUCAGUGUGGGAAGAGUUUCAGCCAAUCAUCAUCCCUUAAUCUACACAUGAUGAACCACACUGGAGAGAAACCGUUUACUUGCACUCAGUGUGGGAAGAGUUUCAGCCAAUCAUCAUCCCUUAAUCUACACAUGAGGAUCCACACUGGAGAGAAACCAUUCACAUGCACCCAGUGUGGGAAGAGUUUCAGCCAAUCAUCAUCCCUUAAUCUACACAUGACGAGCCACACUGGAGAGAGACCAUUCACAUGCACUCAGUGUGGGAAGAGUUUUAAAUGCUCAUCACACCUUAAUCAACACAUGAGGAUCCAUAGUGGAGAGAAACCAUUCACUUGCACUUAAGCUGUGGUCACACUGGACUUUUCUCUCCAUAGACUUCCAUUUAUGUGCACGCGAAUGCAUCAGACCGGAAACACAAAUUCGUGCAUCAAGUUUCACAGUUCACUGCGUUGCAAAGUUCAAGCUUGGUGAACUCUGACCUGCAAAAUUGCAUCACUUGACUGUGUGAGACCAAUCGAAGUUCAAAACAUGACCUCGCUGGACAGCAAAUUAAAUUAUGGACCAAUCGCUCACUUUUUUAAUGUCUAAUCAUCUUGUUUAAUUCCACCCCUUUUUGCAGCGCCGUACAACAGAAUUUUGCAUGCUCAAACUCUAGUGUGACCGCAGCUUCGGUGUGGGAUGAGUUUCAGCAACUCAUCAGACCUUAAUAAACACAUGAAUACCCACACUGGAGAGAAACCAUUCACAUGCACUCAGUGUGGGAAGAGUUUCAACCGAUCAGCAAACCUUAAUGAACACAUGAAAAUCCACGCUGGUGUGAAAGAGUAUAUGUGCUUCAGUGUGAGAAGACUUUUAUUACAGCUCCAAAAUUUAAACUGCACCAGACAAUUCACACUGGAGAGACGGUACAAGUGUUCACACUGUGACAAGAGGUUUAAUCAGUGAACACAUCUGAAAACACACUGGAGAAAAACUGUACAGAUCUGAUCAGUGUCUACAGAGUUUCGCUUAUUCGGUGCAGCUUAAGAAACACAUGGACAAAAAGUUGCACACAUAAAAUGAAU